AUGGCAGCCGAAGUACCCAAAGAGACCGCCAUCUCCCACGUGGAGAACAAGGCUGCGAUGGCUGCAUUCACAAAUAAUGAAUCCACGGUAAAGACCACUGCGGUCAUCCAAGACUGGGACGAGAAGGAGGAAAGGUCGAUAGUGAGAAAAGUUGAUUUUACAGUACUACCUAUCCUCGCGGUUCUGAUGGGCCUGUCGUUCCUGGAUAGAAACAACAUCUCUGCCGCCUACAUUGCUGGUAUGGACCAGGAUCUGGAACUCAGAUUGGGUGCACGCUACAACAUAGCUCUUCUGGUGUUCUUCAUUGGAUACGCAUUGUUUGAGCUGCCAUCAAAUUACAUUCUACGAAUUGUCGGGGCGCGUGUGUGGAUCCCAAUUCUAGUCCUCUUAUGGGGCAUCUGCUGCCUCCUCAUGGGCUUUGUUACCAAUUGGUGGUCACUGGUGAUUCUCCGAGCUUUUCUGGGCGUCUUUGAAGCCGGAUUAUGGCCUGGCACUGUUUACCUGAUUGGUGCAUGGUAUAAGCAAUACGAGGCUGCAAAACGAAUCACUUUCUGCUAUAUGACUGGCGUGUUCGCUUCUGGAUUGAGUCCAAUCUUUGCAUACGCGCUUAGUUUGAUCCGUGUUGGAGAUGGAAUGUACAGGCAAGGCUGGAGAUGGAUCUAUAUCAUUGAAGGCAUCGUGACAAUAGUAGUUGCUAUCAUUGCGCCUCCUUUCAUGAUGGAGUUCCCUCAAAAGGCCCGUAUGCUUUCAGAGAGACAAAGACAUAUCGCAAUCAAACGACUGGAAACCGAGAACGUCUCGACAAGCGGCAAUCAUUCCAUCAAAGAGUUCUUGGGGCUACUUUUGGACAAGAAACUUAUUGUUUUCGCCUUUCAGUACUAUGUCGCAACGGUCUCUGUAUAUGCCCUGGGUUAUUUUCAACCUCUUAUCCUUCGAGAUGGGAUGGGCUUUAACUACACAAAGUCUCAGCUACUCUCGACCCCAACUUACUUUUUUGCCAUUGCUGCCAGCUUUGCGGUCGCUGCAAUCUCCGACAAGUUCCGCCUUCGCUGGCCAUUCAUCGUUGCUCAGUGCAUUGUAUGCUGCGUGGGACUCUUGAUCGUCCUCUAUGCUGGGAAACCUGGUGUUCGAUAUUUUGGAUUAUACUUGGGCAUUUAUGGCGCUCAGAGCAACUUGCCUAUGUUCUUGUCGUAUGCACAAAACCAAAUCACCAAUGUUGAGAAGAAGGGUGCCUUUGCGGCUGCGAUGAUUACCGUUGGUGCCGUGGGGGGAACUACCGGUAGUACCAUCUUUCGCCCUAGGGAUGCUCCAACUUAUUAUCCUGGAAUGUGGACGACUAUCGCCCUUCAGAUUGCGGUGGCUAUAGUCACUUAUUUCUUCUCGAUGUGGCUAGAACGUCAAAAUAAACUCGCAGAUGAAGGUAAAUUGGAGGUUUUGGAGGACGUCGAAGGGUUCAGAUACGCUCCAUGA